AUAUAUAAACAAAAAAAAACGUGGUUGUUGCGACAUAACACGACACGUAUAGAAGGAGACAGGGCUAUUUCUAAGUGUAAUGUUUGUUAUGGAUACGAAAAAAAUUGUUACUGGACUUAAAAACACAGAAAUAUUGGAUACAAAAAUGGCAGAAACAUUGAAGAGAAAGAAAACUCGACGUGGAAAGAAAAAUCGAAUGCGGAAGUCACCAGGUAAUAACUAUGACGUUUUUAGUACGUUUCCUACUCAUAAUCCAUAUACUUAUCGAGGGCAGCGAAAUAGCAAAUUUAUUAGACCAUCAAGCCCCAAAGCGCCAAUGAAUUCUACGCAGUUCUUAAUAGAAGACAGGGGACAUGAUCAGAUAGAUUUUGAUUAUGUUCUACAGUAUAACCAGUCACCAGUUUUUCAUGGACUUUUACCAGAAAUACAAGACUAUACAAGCCUGUCAUUUUAUGAUGAUGAAAAUGAGAAAUCAAAAGACAGUGAUGGAGAGUUUGAAUAUAUGCCCAUUGACUUUGAAGAUACUGCUGAUUUCAUUGGACAGGAAUUUGAGAAAGAUUUGCAUUCACAUCACAUUAAAUGUUCUGACCCUGGCUUGGUUAGCUCAUGUACUAGAAGAGAACUUUCUAGAUUACCAAAAUACACAAUAAUACAAAGAAUGUUUGAACUUGAAGAAAAAAUGAACAGACUGGAAAGUGAUGCACAAGAAAGCAGACAGGAUGAUCUGAAGACGAAGAUUGGACAACUUAAGGAGGAAAACUCGACAUUAAAAAUCUAUAUCCUGGCUCAAGUCUGACUUCCCAGCCCUUACGGAAGUCUAACUUCUCAUGCCAGAAAGUAUAAUUUCCAGCCAUCUGCUGCCAACAGCUGAGCCGGGAGGUUGACUAAACUGUCAAUUCUUACGGGACACUCGGGAUAAAUGAGAAGAGAUGUCCAGUUUUAAAUGUUUAUUACCAUGGUGCUGUCACACAAAUCAAUGUUCACUGUCCCUGGAAGAAAUAAGAAGAAAAAAACAUUAGGGUUGAAGCUUUUGAAGCCUGGGACCGUACACUUCUUGGUGAUGCUUGAGCACUGAGGAUUUGUGAUGUCCGAGAUCGUAUGCUUCUUGGGGUGGUCUGUGCGCUAGAUACUACCUCUGAGUGUUGAAUGGACUCUUCCAAAACAUCAACAACAUCUUGCAAACUGUUCAAGGCCUCCUCUCCCACACCAACUAGAAGGAGUUUUCAGAAAAUUUAUUCUAAUUUGAAUAACUCUUGUUGGACAUGUAUGAAUACUAGUAUACAAAGCUGAACCAGGCUUCAAGUUUCUAAAAUAUAAUUUGGAAACCAGUCUAUUUGGCCUUUCUCAUUGGUCAGUUUUAAGAAUCUAAUUCUGUACAUAUGAGACUGGUUUCCAAACUCAGUUUUAUAACAUGGAAAAACUUGGGAUGAACCCAGCAUUAAAUUGUUGAUCAAUCAUAAAUAGAAGAUUGUCUUUUGA